AUGUGGGACCGGGUCUGGCGCCGUCUUUUUGGUCGUGUCAGUGUCCCUGGCGUUGUGUAUAGUGACGAAGUAGACGCGGCGGCGCAGCUGCGGCAGCAGCGGGAGGCGUCUGCGUGGCGUGGCAACCUGCGCAAUGUGCGUCUGGACACCGCGCCGGCGCUGCUGUUGCGCACGAGUGGCGUCGAUCAGUCGAUUCCAGGGCCGGAGGAAGAUCCGUAUACCUUUUGGGAGCGUAUUGGCAUCGUGCCUGUGCAUCCCUCCCGCGUGCGACCGCGGCAGUACUAUCACCCCAUCACAGACUUUGGACUUUACGACUAUGACGAAGUGUCGCCGGAGGAGCGAGAUCUGACGGCGGGGUGGAUGGCAAAAGUGUUGGAGUUUAACGGCGCGGUACCGCUUGGCAUCGUGUGCGCCGUCGGCUGUGUUGUGUUGCCCUUGCACACCGUGUAUCGUAUGCCGCUGCUCGUGGCGGCAGGAGCGUCGGGAGUGAUGGUUGAAAUCACCCGGGCGUACAUGUCUGCCGCAAAGGAGCGGCAGGACCUCGAUGACUUUAUCCUCGCAAAGGAGAUAUGGUACAUUAAGAACGUCGAGGCCUACCAGCUUGGUAUCCCGCGUAUUCCAAAGGGACGCGAGGCAGAGUACCACUCCUACAUGGACGGCACCGUUUCGUCGGCGCAGGUGCUUCCAGAUGAAUUGAUCGACGCACUUCACUGA